ACCCGGGAUUGAACCCGCGUUCCUCCAGUCUGUCGGGGCCAGACGCAACAGGAUCGCCACAGCAGGCUGAUGAGCGCCAUGUUGCGCCGGUCUGGACAGAGGAAAGAGCAAUCAGCUGCUCUGGGUUUCUGGCAGGGGGCUCAUCGCUCACCCUCAUCGGUUCCGGAAGGCGCACGGAGCACAGCUCUCUUCUUCGGAAACACUUUUUUUUUUAAUUUAACAGCUCCUCGCACAGAGCAAGGAAAAGAACAGAGAAAAUGCCCAAAGCGGUCAAUGUUCGCGUCAUCACCAUGGAUGCUGAGCUGGAGUUUGCCAUCCAGCACAGCACCACCGGCAAGCAGCUGUUUGACCAGGUGGUGAAAACCGUCGGUAUACGUGAAGUGUGGUACUUUGGACUUCAGUACAUGGAUGGCAAAGGUUACUACACUUGGCUAAAACUGGAAAAAAAGGUGUCGUCCCAGGACGUGAAGAAGGAGAACCCGCUGCAGUUCAAGUUUCGGGCCAAGUUCUUCCCAGAGGAUGUGUCUGAGGAGCUGAUCCAGGACAUCACCCAGAAGCUUUUCUUCCUGCAGGUGAAGGAGGGUAUCCUGAGUGACGAGGUUUACUGUCCACCAGAGACCGCCGUGCUGCUCGCCUCCUACUCUGUUCAGGCCAAGUUUGGAGACCACAACAAAGAAGUAAACCAGCCUGGAUACCUGCUGUCUGAACGCCUGCUGCCACACAGAGUUCAGGAGCAGCACAAGUUAUCCAGAGAGCAGUGGGAGGAGAGGAUUCAGGUGUGGCACGAGGAGCACCGUGGGAUGUUGAAGGAGGACGCGAUGCUGGAGUACCUGAAGAUCGCCCAAGACCUGGAAAUGUACGGAGUUAACUACUUUGACAUCAAGAACAAGAAAGGGACAGAGCUGUGGCUGGGAGUGGACGCCCUGGGACUCAACGUUUACGAGAAGGACGACAAACUGACCCCGAAGAUUGGCUUCCCCUGGAGUGAGAUCAGAAACAUUUCCUUCAACGAUAAGAAGUUCAUCAUCAAGCCCAUUGACAAAAAAUCUCCGGACUUUGUGUUUUAUGCAGCAAGACUGAGGAUAAAUAAACGCAUCCUGCAGCUGUGCAUGGGCAACCACGAGCUGUACAUGCGUCGCCGCAAGCCAGACACGAUUGAGGUGCAGCAGAUGAAGGCCCAGGCCCGAGAGGAGAAGCAACAGAGACAGAUGGAGAGGGGACAGCUGGAGAAAGAGAAGCUGAGGAGGGAGGCCAUCGAGAGAGAGAAGGAGCAGAUGGAGCGAGAGAAGCAGGAUCUGGUGAUGAGGCUCUAUCAGUUUGAGGAGAAGACCAAGAAGGCGGAGAAAGAUCUGCAGGACCAGCGCCAGAGAGCCAUAAUGCUGGACCAGGAGCGAAGGAGAGCCGAGGAGGAGGCGGCUCGUCUGGAGGCCGAACGCCAGGCAGCUCUGCUGGCUAAAGAGGAGCUUGCCCGCCAUGCUGAGGACCAGCAGAAGAGUCAGGAUCAGCUGGCUGCAGAGCUGGCGGAGCACUCAGCCAAGAUCAGCCUGCUGGAGGAGGCCAAGAGAUGCAAGGAGGAGGAGGCCGAAUCAUGGCAGCUCAGGGCCAGGGAGGCCCAGGACGAUCUGUUAAAGACCAAGGAGGAGCUGCACCUGGUGAUGACGGCGCCCCCCCCGCCUCCACCUCCCCCCAUGUACGAACCCAUGUACGACAACAGCGACAGCGAAGAGAACGCCAGCACAAACAGCGCCGACCUGCAGACUGACGACAUCAAUGACCACCGCAUUGAGGAGGAUCGCCUGACAGAGGCCGAGAAGAACGAGCGCGUCCAGAAACAGCUGAAGGCCCUGACCUCCGAGCUGGCUCAUGCACGUGACGAAUCCAAGAAUACCCAGAACGACCUUCUUCACAGCGAGAACGUCCGGGCCGGCCGAGACAAAUACAAGACCCUGCGACAGAUCCGGCAGGGCAACACCAAGCAGAGGAUCGAUGAGUUUGAGUCCUUAUAAAAAAAGCCCCUCACCUUUUCUGAAUGGUCACUCCAUCUCGGCCGUCACACACAUGGACACACACAAACACGCUUAAAGUCAUGUAUAACACACAUUUGUUGCAGACUAAACUGGAGCAGUAUAAGCAUCACGUACAGAAAGAGACGCUCCAGUUUUGAGCGUGCAGCGCUUUGCAAAUCCCUCGAAGAAAACUUAGUGCCAAAACCUUUCUCUUUUUAGUGUUUCAGAUCUUAUUUGUGUAUUUGAUUGUGUGUCAUUUGAUCAAAUUCAGACCAAAUCAUUAUUGUUUUUAUCCAGAGGUGUGAUGAAGUAGUGGGACUAGCCUAAUUUUAUUAUUAUUACAUGAUGUGCACAUAUGAUAUGUAAUCAAAGCCUCGCUUCUUUUAGAUGUCUGUCAAUCGUCGUGUAGGAAGAAAAGUAGAGUUUGUCGUUUAUAGCGACAACUCGGAAAGGGGGAAAACAGUGAAAGCAAGAACAUGUUUUUGUUUUACAUUAUAUUUGAACACUUCCAUUUAUGUUUAAUAUUGCUAUACAGUAGAUUAAAAUCAUGCUUAGUUUGAUAUUUAUGCUGUAUAUGGGACAUUGAAAAGGGUAUUUCAUCUUGGUUUGUAUAUUUAUCUACUAAUGAUAAUAAAAACAUUCAAAGAUUUUAUUUAUUCACCAUAUAUUUUCCUUUAGAUCACUAAAUUAUAGAAAUUAAGUGAUCUAAAGGCUGCAUGUUAUUAAAUCAGUUCAGGACCUCGGUACUUUUCAAGAGCUUUAUUUUGCAGAGCAGUUCAGGGCACACUGAGUAAUGUCUUUAUCCUCAAAGUCACUGUGUUGACUGGGACGUUUAGGUUUGAUAUAUUUUAUUUCUCCGUGUCAUGUUGCUGUUGAGUGGGAGACGGCCAUGUGUGCUUUUAGCCUUUUAAGUGGCUUUUCUCUCUGGCUGCUCCUCUGCAGGAAUCGGUGCUAGACAGUUUGUUUUCACUUUGUAGCCAAGCUGCUUCGUCACAAAAUAUAUGUAAGCCUUUAAUUCAGGGGGGGUCAAACUAAUUUAAGUCAAUGGGCCACAUACAGCAAACUUGGAUCUCCAGUGGGUCAACAACAUCUCCAAAUUUCUUUACAUUUUUGAUAACGUCCCUUAUUAAUGAGCAGUCCAUCUACAAAACAGCCUGAGACGUCUCACUGACACCUGGGCUAUGACUAAAGACAGCCUGCUGUUUACUGAAAACUUCCAUCAAGUCUUCUCUGUUCUCAGUUGUCCUUGCAAGUUAUUGUAUUUUUCUCCGUGGUGAGUCUGAUAGUGGGGCAGAAUAUUAUAUUCCUUUGCACUGAAAAUGCCAAGCACAAUGGCCUCCUAUUUACCUGUACGGAGAAAUUGGAAAUUGGAUCUGUUCCAUUUUUCUUUGAAAACCCGACACUAUGUGUGCACUUUUCUCCUUUCCGACAGACAUUUUUCACCCGGGGCUCCCUCAUGUAGCUACGCGUGACAGUGUUUCAUGUAGCCAGUACGUAAGCACGUAGGAUCUAUAGCAGGGCAUCCAGUAUCGGGCCGGCUACUCGUAUUAGGACAGCACGGCAGCGGUGGACAGAGAGGAAUAGCAGUGCAUUUAAUUGUAAAGUGUUAAAAUUGCAGAGAUGUAACUCAUUUCAAUUUUCAAAGUCAUCCUGUGGUCCGAAUUGGACUCUUUGGCGGGCUGGUUCUGGCGCCCAUGCCGUAUGUUUGACACUCCUUCUUUAGUUUGAGGUGAACGUUGCAAAGAGCUUUCGUGUUGCAGCUCGGUCACAAUGACGGACCCUGACAGUAGCACACCAACAUCUCACUGACACUGUAAUGGAAACACUUUGUAUAUGAACAGGAUUUUAUAAUGAGGUGUCCAACAUAUUGCCAAUAAAGACAAUGAUUAUCCAUAA